AACCAAGCCAGAAGCAGAAGCCGCCGCACAGAAGCGGAAGCAGAAAACAGAGCGCCCGUUCCAGCCUCCGCUCUCUCUCCCUCCCUCCCCAUGGCGGCGACGACGGCGAUUUCGACGGCGACGGCGGCGGCGGAGGAGGCGCGGCUGCUGCGGCUGGAGGAGCAGGCGGAGCACGGCGGCGGCGGCGCCUGGGAGUACCUCUCCCUCGCCCGCAGGCUCCGCGCCCGCCGCCCCGCCCCGGUCCUCCGCCUCGGCCUCUCCCUCCUCAACGACGCCUCCGCCCGCUCCCGCCUCGCCUCAGAACAGUGGACGCUCUAUGAGCAGGUGGCAGUGGCCGCCAUGGACUGCCAGCGUGUCGAUGUCGCCAAGGAUUGUAUUGGAGUCCUCUCCAAGCAGUUUCCAGGCAGCACUCGCGUUGGCCGUCUGGAAGCCCUGCUGUUUGAGGCAAAGGGUGAUUGGGCUGAAGCUGAAAGAGCAUAUGCACUUAUCCUGGAAAACAACCCGUUUGAUCAGAUUGCGCACAAGAGAAAAAUUGCUAUUGCAAAAGCACAAGGCGACAUGUCUGUAGCUGUUGAUUAUCUCAACAAGUAUUUGGAAUUAUUCAUGGCAGAUCAUGAUGCUUGGAGAGAACUUGCUGAAAUCUACGUCUCAUUACAGAUGUACAAACAAGCUGCCUUUUGUUAUGAGGAGCUAAUAUUGGCUCAACCAACCAUUCCACUUUAUCAUCUAGCCUAUGCUGAGGUUUUGUACACUCUGGGAGGUUUGGAAAACCUUCAAACAGCUAAAAAGUAUUACGCAUCAACAAUCCAGUUGACUGGAGGCAAGAACACACGAGCUCUCUUCGGCGUGUGUCUGUGUAGCGCGGCGAUCAGCCAGCUGACCAAAGGGAGAAAUAAGGAGGAAGAUAGCUCGGAGCUGCAGAGCUUGGCCGCAGAGGCACUACUGAAGGAUUACAAGCAACGCUCGCCGUCCAAGGAGGCGCUCAUUGCAGGCAUGCUGAAGAACAUGAAGCUCUCCUGAUUCUUGUUGGCUCAUAAAGGGCUUUAGCUCUUAGCUUGUGGUAGUACAUCUGAAGCUUAGGCAGCGAGCGAACACCCGCCACAACAGGCCUUGUUUUUUUUGGAGAUGGCACCAACCCAGCAUUGUAAAAGUUUAUUAUCUAUGCAAAAGAUCCUUCCAUCCAUUUAUGUGUGUUUACGAUUAGUUGUUCUUCCAUAGAGAGAAUAAGGAAAGAAAACUUGUUAUAUUGUAAUAUUGAAUAUAUAGGUGGAUGUUUUUGAUUUAGAUUUGAGGAAGUUGUAUCAAAAUGCAGCACUGUUUGUGUAGAGGCCAGGAGAGCUUCCCGUUGCUGCUGCUGCCAAAAUUAGGCUUCUUCCAUCAACUUCGGUUAAUUAAUUACUACCUCUCA